AGAAACAUUGCUAUCGCUUCACAAGAAGUAGGCAACCAUAUGUGAUCGCUAGCCGGUCGCGGAGUGACGCGCCGCGUGCAGUUUAGACGUUUUGUGAUUGUAGUUACAUUGUUAAAACCAUAAUAACAACAUGUCAGUUGCUGUGAAUAAAGGUAUUUUUAUCGUGGCGGCGAAACGGACGCCGUUCGGACGCAUGGGUGGUUUGCUGAAGGACGUACACCCUUCGGACUUGCUGGCGGUGGCUGCCAAGGAUGCCAUCAGAGCUGGUAACGUGGCACCGACCGCAAUAGACACGGUCAACAUUGGACAAGUCUAUGGGUUAAGUGGAACGUCCGAUGGUGGACUGUCACCACGUCAUGCAGCCUUAAAAGCAGGAGUCCCGCAGGACAAGCCCGCUCUUGGCGUGAACAGGCUCUGCGGAUCAGGAUUCCAAGCUAUCGUCAACAGUACUCAGGAUAUCCUCACAGGUGGAGCACAGGUGUCCCUUGCUGGUGGUACCGAAAACAUGUCGGCUGUACCUUUCGCUAUAAGAAACGUCCGCUUUGGUACCGCGCUAGGAACGGGUUACAACUUCGAGGACAUGCUCACUGCAGGCUCCCUGGAUAGCUACUGCAAUUUCUCGAUGCCGCAGACAGCUGAGAAUUUAGCAGAGAAGUAUGACUUGAAGAGAAGCGAGGUGGACGAUUUUGCGCUACAAUCGCAGAGAAGAUGGAAAGCUGCGUUCGAUGCCGGAGUUUUCAAUGAGGAAAUAUCCCCUGUGACUGUAAAAGUAAAAAGGCAAGAAGUAGUGUUGGACAGAGACGAGCACCCUCGACCAGAGACGACCAGCGACGGGCUGAACAAGCUGCCCGUAUUGUUUAGGAAGGGAGGCGUGGUGACAGCUGGUAAUUCAUCAGGAAUAAACGAUGGUGCUGGCGCUCUGAUCCUGGCCAGUGAGGAGGCUAUCAAACAACAUGGCUUCAAGCCUUUAGCGAGGAUCUUGGGCUGGUCGUUUGUAGGCGUAGACCCGAGCAUCAUGGGCAUUGGCCCAGUACCUGCUAUUCAGAAUGUUUUGUCUGUGACAGGACUCAAACUUAAUGAUAUUGAUUUGAUUGAGAUCAACGAAGCAUUUGCUGCACAAACAUUGGCUUGCGUGAAGGAACUGAAGCUUGAUCAAAGCAAGCUGAAUGUGAACGGUGGAGCUAUCGCUAUUGGUCAUCCGGUAGGAGCAUCAGGUGCUAGAAUCACCGCGCAUUUGACUCACGAACUCAGACGGCGAGGCUUGAAGAGGGCCAUCGGAUCAGCAUGCAUCGGCGGCGGACAGGGCAUCGCUGUUUUACUCGAGUCCGUCUGAUGACUUGCGAGAUCAACGAAUGAACAAUAAAUAGACUGCUAUAGAAUACGGAUAAUUAUAGUUUACUAGUUCUAAUCUGCGGCUUUGCUCGUCAAAACUAGAAUAUAAAGAAUUGGUAAUAAUGUUAUAUGUCGUCUCUUGGCUCCUUUUAUAAUGAAAAUGUGUAAAUCUGUUCUGUCAUAAGUAAUAGACAUCCAAAACAUUAUCGUAUUAAACUUUUAUUUUAUAAUAGCUUGAUAUAUGAUCAGGGCUGUGGUUAUAUGGAUACCGAUCCCAUAUCUAUAUAUUGGGCUCCUCUGGACAUCAAUGGCGGAAAUAAUGUCGUUCCGGUGUCGCCCAUAUUGGUCCGAUAUCAAUUUUCGAUAAUGUUAGAAGCCUGUCAUGCAAUAUUUUUGGAUAACAGACUUUUAACAUAUUUGUUAUUGGACCGAUAUAUAGAUAUUUUUUUUAAUGGAUGAUAAUGGAAUGGUAGCCCCACCCGCGCUAUCGGUGUACACCGGCGGGGCACCAGUGAAGGAUGAAGCUGGUCAGUUAGCCCCAUCGUGACGAAUUCAACAAGAAUUGUUCACGAUGGUUUCCAGGAGGAACCACGUGGAGGUCGACCUAAUAAGGCAUAUAGCUAGCAGUGGGGCUGUCAAACUCCAUUACUAACAAUCCCUUUCCCCCCAAUAUAUAGACAUUGUAAGUAAUAUAUAUAUAUAUAUAUAUAUAUAUAUAUAUAUAUAUAUAUAUAUAUAUAUAUAUAUAUAUAUAUACACUAUCGCUGUCUAUCCGUUCCUAUGUAUGCUUAAAUCUUUAAAACAACGCAACGGAUUUUGAAGCGGUGUUUUCAAUUGAUAAAGUGAUUCAAGUGGAAGGUUUAUAUGUAUAAUACAUGCAUAAUAUUGUGGAGAAACACUGACAAAUUUAGAAGUUUCUAAUGUGAUGUAAUGUGUACCCGCCGAAGCCGGGGCGGGUCGCUAGUUUGAAAUAAACAGUAAGAUUGUUGGCGAUAUUACUUCUUUAUUAUAUAAAAAAAUAUAUUUUAUAUUGUUGUUGUG